GCUCGCGGUAAACAGGAGGAAGGGCGCUCAGGCAGCGCUCCGUCCGCAGGCAGCCCACUACCUCUAAGCCUUCUGGAAAACACGGAGUCAAGAGGCAGGGGCGAUGCCAGCCCCCUGACCAUGUUCCAGAUUUCCGAAUUUCAAGAUGAAACCUUCGCCGCCGCUGAAAAGGACCCCACGGAUCUCAAGCUGAGUGUCGGGGGGCCCAAGGAUCUCAACAGCCCCCCUCAUGAGAACCCAGAACUGAGACGUCGGAUCGGGUCGGACCAACUAGAUUCGGAGACCUCAGAUGAGGUGGGGGCUUUCCGAGCACGCUCACGCUCCGCCCCUCCCAUCCUGUGGGCCGCGCAGCGCUACGGGCGGGAGCUACGCAGGAUGAGCGAUGAAUUUCACGGUGCCCUGCAGAAGCUGCCGCGCCCCAAAAGCGCAGGGACCUGCUCCCACAUGGACCACCCUCCCAGCUGGAAGGACACUCUGCGGUCAUGGUGGCGCCGAAGUUGCCCGGAGAAUGGACCCUCCGGUUCUUAACCGAAUUUUGCUGCUAUCUGUUACGGGGGUGGGAGGGAGAAAUUUGGUGGGGUCUCAGCGGCACCCUUUUUCCUCUGUGGUAUCUCCAAAUUAUUCCCGGUGCCGAGUUUGUUCCCUAGCACUUCCAUUCUUUACGCCACCUACAAGAAGUUUACUCUGGAUCUGACACUGCGGCACCGUCCAGAUUUUUUACCCUCUGCCCCUUUAACCCUAAAUUAAAUUCUGGGGGUUUU